GUUCCAUCACAAUUCAAGCAUCCCCGACACCUUCCCCACUAAUCCCUUCCACCAUGGCCACUCCAUUCCCAGCGGGAAAUAGCAUGUCCUCAUUCUGGCGGUCGGAGCCCGAUCCCUUGGACAAUCAUUGUUCCACUAAGACUCUACCGGAAACCUGCGACAUCGCCAUCAUCGGAGCAGGCUACGCCGGCGCAUCGACUGCUUACCAUUGUUUGGAGCGUGCGACUGCUGGCGGAAAGAAGCAGCCGUCCAUCGUCAUCCUUGAGGCACGACAGGCUUGCUCGGGGGCUACCGGACGCAACGGUGGCCAUCUCAAGCCCGAUGUCUACAGCCGAGUCGGCAACCUGGCCAAUGAGUACGGAGUCGAGGCGGCGGCCGAAGUGGCCGCAUUCGAGAUGGAACAUGUCUCUGCAGUGCAGGCCUUGGUGGAAAGGGAGAAGAUCGAUUGCGAUAUGGAGGUGAACCGCGUCUGCGAUGUGCACUUUGACCCAGCCCAGCUCGCCAAGGUCAAGGCGGGUUUUGAUUCGCUGGUGGCGAAGGGGGUGAAGACUGUCGAAGAUGUGAGCUUUACCGGGCUCGAUGCUGCUGAAGCUGUAUCGGGUGUCAAAGGGGCUCGGGGGUGCUUCAGCCAGCGCACCGGGCGCCUCUGGCCGUACAAGCUUAUCAUGCACCUUCUUAGGCUCGCCAUUGCCGCCGGGGUGAAUCUGCAGACAAACACCCCGGUACGGCAGAUCUCCGAUGACCGGGAUGCUGAUGGACGAUGGACGCUCACCACUGACCGCGGCUCGAUUCGCACCAAGACAGUCAUCUUCGCCACCAAUGCAUACACCGCUGCCCUCGCACCGCAGUACAGGGACAAGAUCGUCCCCGUGCGGGGAUUCUGCAGUCGCAUCGUGGUUCCGAACCCGCCUGCCGUGCCCAUGGACCGCUCGUAUACUCUGCGCUUCAACGCCUGGGACUACGACUACUUGAUCCCGCGUCCUGACGGUAGUAUCAUCGUGGGCGGUGCGAAGUCCACCUUCUACAAACAGGACAUUCUCAGUUGGUACCACAACACUGACGAUGGCCGGGUGGUUGACGCCGCGGCGCGGUACUUUGACAACUACAUGCAGCGGACUUUCCACGGCUGGGAGAAUACGGGGGCAUAUACGGACCGUGUAUGGUCAGGAGUGAUGGGUUAUAGCAGUGAUGCUCUACCGCAUGUUGGGCAUGUGCCAGGUAAACCGGGUCAGCUUGUAAUCGCUGGCUAUAGUGGUCAUGGUAUGCCGCAGAUUUUCUUGUCGGCGCGAGGUAUCGCACGGCUGGUUGUGGAUGGGGCAGCUUAUGAGGAAAGUGGAGUUCCACGGCUGUUCAAGACAACUCCAGAACGGUUGGCGAGUGGUCGGAAUGAUAUCCUGGCGUAUGUGAAGAGUUCGGAGGUGGAAAGUAAGCUCUAGCUUAUGGUAAUGCUAAAUGAAUCAUAGAAAAGCCAUGAGGCAGCUAGGAUGCAAGAAUAGAAUGACUAUCCAGCUGUCAUGUCGGG